GUUUUUGACAGCUGAAAUCUGCUUUUUUUAUAUACAAACAAAAACAGCCGGUUUUCGUCGAAAGUUAUGUUUGCUAAAUUUACCAAAACUGCAGCUUGUAUCAUCCCGGUUCUAUUCAAACGUUACACAGCAUCAACUAUCGUUCACUCGAGAACAUUCGCUUCCGUGAGCAAGAUGAAGUUCCUCAACCAGCAAGAGGCGAUUGCCGUGGACGAGGAAUUGUUCAACGAAUACAAGUUCAGCGUCGAUCAGCUGAUGGAACUGGCCGGCCUAAGCUGUGCCCAUGCCAUAAACGAUUGCUAUGGAACCGUUACAAAAAGCAAAAAAGUUCUAGUCUGCUGCGGGCCCGGCAACAACGGUGGAGAUGGACUGGUAGCCGCACGCCAUUUGGUGCUAAUGGACUACGAAUCCUACGUCUACUAUCCCACAAAGCUGUCCAAGGAAUUGUUCGUAAAUUUAAAGCACCAGUGCGAAUCGAUGGGAAUCACGGUUAGCCAAGAAUGUCCCACGCUAGAGUGGGUUGACAACAACUUCGGGCUCGUCGUAGACGCUCUGUUUGGUUUUAGUUUUAAACCUCCGGUAAGGGAAUCCUUUGCUGCCAUCAUGGAUGUGCUCGUACAGACUAAGGUUCCUAUUGUCAGUAUCGACAUCCCAAGUGGCUGGCAUGUUGAAAACGGACCACAAACUGAACGGAACAUAAAGCCAGACUGUUUGAUUUCACUGACCGCACCCAAGCUGUGUGCAAAGCAUCUUGGUAACGCCAAACAUUAUCUUGGGGGACGAUUCGUCCCCCAGAAAUUGCAAAGCAAAUACACAAUGGAUCUUCCAUCGUACACAGGAAACGAUCUGUUCGUUAAACUAUCGUGAUUGUAACCGCUCUUGUUGAAAAUAGUUUUAUUACCGGAAAAAAUAUUCUUUGUUCAAAAAUACAACAUGCCUAAAUUCAA